AUGGGAAAGGAAGAGACUCAUAUCAACAUUUUCAUCACUGGACAUGUAGAUGUGGGCAAGUGCACCACUACUGGCCACCUGAUCUACAGAUGUGAUGGGAUCAACAAAAGAACCAUCAAAAAAUUCGAGAAGUUGGCUGCUGAGAUGAGUAAGGAUCUCUUCAGGUAUGCCUUGGUCUCGGAUAAAUUGAAAGCUGAAGGUGAGCGUGGUAUCACCACUGAUAUCUCUCUGCAGAAAUCUGAGACCAGGAGGUAUUACAGGGUCAUCACUGAUGACCCAGGACACAAAGACUUCCUCAAAAACAUGAUUACAGGCCCAUCUCAGCCUGCCUGUGCUGUCCUGAUCGUUGUUGCUGGUGUUGCUGAAUUUGAAGUUGUUAUCUCCAAAAACGGGCAGACCCGUGAGCAAACCCUUCUGGCUUACACACUGGAUGUGAAACAACUAAUUGCUGGUGUUAACAAAAUGCAUUCCACUGAGCCAGCCUACGGCUAG